AUGGGCAAUCUUAAACAUACGGCUUGGAUUGUAUGUUGUAUUAGUUUGUUGAGCUGUUGCCAUGGUGAAGUGGACCCUGAAAGACGGCGACAGCAGCAACUGAAACAGGAUCUCCUGUACAACUACUCCACCACGGUGUCGCCUUAUGGGGCGGACAACCGCGUCAAUGUAACAUUGUCCUUCGCCCCCAUAGCUGUUGUAGCUGUGGAAGAAGCCAGUCAGAUAUUUCGUCUAAGUGGCUCUCUGACUCUGUCUUGGGAGGAUCCUUGGCUGAUGUGGAACAGCACCAACGGUGUCAAAAGCCUUGCCUUUAAGCCUGAAGAGAUAUGGACUCCAAACUUUAUAAUUCCAAACGCUGUGGGUAACACGAUUUCCUCCUUAACCGCAAGUAUGCCUAUCACUGUGUAUUCUACUGGAACGACAUUAAUGUUUAUAAUUGAUGAAUUUGAGACAAUUUGCAAUUUAGAUGUGACAAGGUAUCCAUAUGAUGAACAGGAGUGUCACAUGUCAUUUCUCGGCUUAUUAGACUCAAAACUUUAUUUGCGUAGUAAAGGCUUUAGUGAUAUUUUCUCUGCAUAUUUCACUGGCAGCAGUGAGUGGGAGUUGGUCAACACUACAUUCCACGAGAAGCACUUUCACGCAUUCAUCGACACCAUACCUUAUAUUGAUGUCAAGUUCCGACUACGGCGUCACAGCAUCUUCUACACCCUAAGCGUCAUCUUUCCAAUGUGUCUUCUCUCCUUCCUCAACGCCUGUGUAUUCCUGCUGCCCGCGGCCUCAGGGGAGAAGGUCUCCUUCCUCGUCUCCAUCUUCGUGUCCGGAGCGGUAUUCCUCAACUACAUCAAUGACGCUAUCCCAAAGUCCGGCAAUGCCUCUCGUCUCACCAUCUAUCUGGUUCUGCUUCUGUCACAGAGCGCUCUGGCUCUGCUCGCCACUCUCCUGGUCAUAAACACUCACCACCGACAGGGGGCGCUGCUUUGUCUCUUGCGUAAGAAGGUCAAGGUUACAGAUUUGGACAAUAAACCCCGGGCUUGGAAUGAACCCAGUGGUAUCCAGAAAGAUGAAUCUGCUGACAGACUAGACACGAUUCUGUUUGUCAUGUUUGUGGCCAUGGCAGCAGCCUCUAUACUCGUAUUUUAUGUUUAG